AUGACUGACACCGGCUCGCCAACUGUUCCACCACCAGCCUCCUCGACAACGUCCCCGGUUCGUCGUGGACUCGUCAAAUCCGUGCUCUCCGGCGACGCCGUCAUUCUUCAAGGACAGCCACAAAACGGACCACCACCAGAGUGGACUGUAUAUCUGAGCAACGUGUCGGCACCGCGACUCGGCCGCCGUCCAACCGAUUCGAGCAGCGCCACUCCAGACGAGCCGUACGCGUGGGAGUCGAGAGAGCACUUGAGAAAGAAGAUUGUCGGGCAGUUUGUCACAUUCGUUCGGGAUUUCACAGCGAGUUCCGGACGCGAUCAUGGACGUCUGUAUUUGGGUGGAACGAGUCCCGCUGAUGCGGAGAAUGUCACCAAAGAAAUGGUUUCGGAGGGUCUUCUAGAAGUUCGUCAAGGAAAAAUCACUGAUGAAUACACCACAGAGCUUCUCGAGCUUCAAGAGCAAGCAAAAAGCGCGGGACGCGGAAAAUGGAGCUCCAACGCCGGAACCAUUCGCGAUAUCAGAUGGGCUAUCGAUAAUCCACGCGAGCUCGUCGACAAAUACGCCCAGAAGCCCGUUGACGCAGUUAUUGAGAUGGUUCGUGACGGGUCCACUGUUCGUGCGUUCCUUCUGCCAAAUUUCGAGUACAUCACUCUCCAACUCUCCGGUGUUCGCGCCCCAUCCACCAAGAACCCCACAGCACCAGAUUCCCGCGCGGAGCCAUUCUCAGAGGAGGCCAAGUUCUUCGUCGAGUCGAGACUUCUUCAGCGUGACGUGCAGAUCAUUUUGGAGUCGACAUCGAACCAAAACUUUGUCGGAUCUAUUGUUCAUCCAAAGGGAAACAUCGCCGAGUCGCUUCUCCGCGAGGGAUACGCUAAGUGUGUCGACUGGAGCAUCGGAUUGGCCACAGGAGGAGCACAGAAGCUUCGUGACGCUGAAAAGCAGGCAAAGGAGAAGAGACUCCGCUUGUGGAAGAGCUAUCAGCCAACUUCUAGCGCCUACUCUGGAGAUCGCAAGGCUUUCACCGCUAAAGUCACCGAGGUUAUCCUUUCCGACGCAGUUGUAGUGCAAAAGGAGGAUGGAAGCGAGUUGAAACUCCAUCUCUCCUCAAUCAGACUUCCAAGAGAGACAGGAGACGAUAAGCAACCUUCAGUAGGCCGUCAAUUCCGUCCACUCUACGAUGUGCCAUUCAUGUUCCAAGCUCGUGAAUUCCUCCGAAAGAGAAUUCUCGGCAAGAAGGUUCAAGUGCAAAUCGACUACGUUCAACCGAAAUCCGACACCUUCCCAGAGAAGACGUGCGCCACUAUCAAGAUCGGAGACCUCAAUAUCGCCGAAGGACUCGUGAGCAGAGGACUGAGCAAGGUCGUCCGUCAUCGUGCUGAUGAUGAGAACAGAGCGUGCGAAUACGACACUCUUUUGGCUGCCGAGGCUAACGCUGAGAAGGGAAAGAAGGGAUUGUUCGCUGAUAAGACUGCCGAGAAGAAGGAUACGUUGAGAAUCCAGGAGAUUACUGGAGACCUCGCCAAGGCUAAGCAGUUCUUGCCAUAUUUCCAGAAGGGAGGAAGAGCCGAAGGAGUCGUCGAAUUCCUCUCCGGCGGAUCCCGUCUCCGUAUCUACAUCCCAAAGGAGACCGUCCUCAUCACCCUUCUCCUCGGAGGUAUCAACUGUCCAAAGGGAGCUCGUGUCGGACCAGGAGGUGUCACCAUGGGAGCCGCCGAGCCAUUCGCCGAUGAGGCCGCUGCAUUCACUCGAAAACUUGUGCUCCAGCAUGAGGUCCAAUUGGAGGUGGAGAGCACCGAUAAGAAUGGAAACUUUGUUGGUUACUUGUUUGUGUCUCCAGACGGAAACACCUCCAGAGCAAUCAACUUGAGCGAGGCUCUCGUCGAGGCUGGACUCGCUUCCCUUCACUUCACCGCUGAGCGCUCCGGACACUAUAAUGCUUUGUUGGCUGCUGAGAAUAGAGCUAAGAAGGCGAAGAAGAACAUCUGGGCGAACUACACCGAAGAGCAACAACAGGAGGAAGUUGAAGUACAGCAAGCGGAUACAUCAGAGCGCAAGCAGAACUUCCGCCAAGUCGCCGUCACUGAUAUCGCUCCAGGAGCUCUUCGAUUCUCCGCUCAGAAUAUUGAGGAUGGAGCGAAGAUUGAGAAGAUGACUACCGAGAUGAGACAAGCCAUCGCCGAGCAUCCGCCACUCGCCGGGUCUUACACACCGAAACGUGGUGACUUGUGUGUCGCCAAGUUCUCACAGGAUGGACAAUGGUAUCGUGCGAAGGUUGAGAGUGUUCGUGCCGGACAAGCCGAGAUUCUCUACAUCGACUACGGAAAUCGCGAGAGUGUCGAGGCGGCGAAACUCGCUCAAAUUCCAGCUGGAUUCGGUUCGCAGCCAGCCGGUGUCAAGGAAUACAACUUGGCGCUUGUGAAACUGCCGAAUGAGGACUACCUGGAGCUCACUUUGCAAGCCUUUGCUCACUAUUUGUUCGGACAAUCUUCAGUGUUCGUCAACGCAGAGUACAAGGUUGGAACCUCCGAUUAUGUCACUGUCUACUUUGACAGUGGAAACAAGAAGAUCGACAUCGGAAAAGCGCUCAUCGAAGAGGGACUCGCACUCGCCGAUGAACGUCGUGAGCCACGUCUCCAAACGAUUGUCAAGGACUACAAGAGCACCGAGGCAGCCGCAAAGAAAGGACGAAAGAACAUUUGGGAGUACGGAGAUUUCACCGGAAACGACAUCUAA